AUGAUAAUAAUUUUGGUGUUAAUUCUGGAAGAUGAAUAGAUGGAUUACUUUAUUCAACUCCAAAAUCAAAAUUAGAAUGUGUUUUCAUUGAAUCAUGUUAAGAAUCACUUUUUUCAUUUCUAUCAUUUCUAGUCUUCUUAUUAUAAGGUUAUUAAAUAGUAUCAGGAAAACCUUAUUUCCAAGUACCAGAAAAACUAUUACUCUAUUCUUUAGAUUGUUUAGGAACAGAUCCAGAAUUUUAAACUUAUUUAGAAUUAGAAGAAUCUUAUUUAAUUCUUGAAAUUUAUGAGAAAUAGGCACUUUAUACAUCAAAAGGAUCUCCAGGUUUCAUAGAAAAUUAUUUAGAUAAUUAUGUCAAUGAAAUAUACCUUAAUAGUAAAUGUAGAUAAUUACUUAGAUUCUUCUCUAUAACCACUACUAUCUUAAGCUAAUAAUAGAGAUAAUGAUGUUUCAUAAUAUUUUCUCUAACCUAAUAUUUUAAUUGGACCUGUAUCUUAACGAGAUUGCAUUCUUUAUUGAUUUGUUUAUGAUUCAAUUACAAAAGUAAAAGUACCAUAUCCUUAACUAUCAUACAAAAAUUCUAGACCUCUUUUGAAUGUACCAGAUAAUUACCAACAUAGAAUAACACAAAUUUAUAAUUCUAAUGGAUUAUUCAAAUCAAC